AUGUCUGGGGCUCACUGUGUCCCACAGUUUGCUGUCGUGGCCGUCGUCUACCGCUGCUGUGCCUGGGCCGGGGUGGAGAGGGCCGCCCUGAGCGGACACCCGGUGGGAGCUGGCGGGAGGGCUGCGGCUCCAACCGGCGUCGAGGCCUGUGAGAGUGACCCCUUUCUGUACCAGCGCGGGGUGGCAGCCCAGGCAGGCAAGGCAGAUAUUUCUGCCCUCAUAUUACAUAAGAAGAAAUUUGAAGCCCAAAAAUCCAGUUAUCUUUUGACUCCACAUACAGACUCCCAAAAAUCUCCGAAGGAAGGUGUCCUCAUUACAGGAGGAGGUGGCUAUUUUGGUUUCUGCCUAGGCUGUGCUCUGAACCAGAAAGGGGUCCAUGUGAUUCUGUUUGACAUCAGCAGCCCUGCUCAAACCAUUCCAGAAGGAAUUAAGUUUAUGUAUGGAGACAUUCACCACCUCCCUGAUAUAGAGAAAGCCUUCCAGGAUGUGGAUGUCACUUGUGUGUUCCAUAUUGCCUCUUAUGGUAUAGCAGGGCAGGAGCAACUGAAUCGAAACCUGAUCGAAGAAGUCAUUGUGGGGGGCACAGACAACAUCCUCCAGACUCGCAAGAGGAGAGGGGUGCCAAGAUUGGUUUACACUAGCACUUUCAAUGUCAUCUUUGGAGGUCAAGUUUUCAGAAAUGGAGAUGAGUCUCUGCCUUACUUAUCUCUUCACCUCCAUCAUGAUAACUACUCUCAGACCAAAUCUAUUGCAGAGAAGAAGGUGCUGGAAGCCAGUGGUACAGUGCUGGAAAGAAGUGAUGAUAUCUUAACUUGUGUUUUGAGGCCAGCUGGCAUUUAUGGGCUUAGAGAACAAAGGCACCUACCCAGGAUAGUGAGCUACAUUGAGAGAGGCCUGUUCAAGUUCGUGUACAAGGAUCCCAGGAGCCUGGUUGAAUUUGUCCAUGUGGAUAACCAGGUGCAGGGUCACAUUCUGGCCUCAGAGGCCCUGAAAGCUGACAAGGGCCACAUUGCCUCUGGGCAGCCCUACUUCAUCUCAGAUGGCAUAUCCGGGAGCAACUUUGAGUACUUCUGGCCUUAGGGCUACCCGUUCCCAUUCACUCAUCUGCCCUUGACCUUCCUCUACUGCUUCGCUUUCCUAAUAGAGAUGGCCCACAUCAGUUUGGGUUGACUCUACAACUUCCAGCCCUUCCUCACCUGCACUGAAGUUUACAAAACUGACAUUACACAUUACUUUAGCCUAGAAAAGGCCAAGAAGGAGCUAGGUUAUGAGGCUUGGCCAUUUGACCUCCAGGAAGUAGUGGAAUGAUUUAAAGCCCAUGGUCAUUCUAAGAGUUGUGACUCUGAGUGUCUUGUUUGGGAUGGGCUGUUAGUCUUUCUCUUGGUUAUAGCAGUUCUCACAUGGCUGUCUUCUGUGAUUCUAUCACUAUGGAGGAAGAGAGAAAAGUAA